CUUUCUUCUAUCUCCUGUGACCUCCACUCGUCUUCAGCUCCCACUUCUCAUCAUGGUGAUCUCUAAUCACUGGGCAACAGAAAUAAGAAUGUCUAAACCGGGACAUCUCGGCAAACUGCACGCAGAAGGGGGAGUCUCAGAUGGUGAGAGGAACGGCGCAGAUUCUCUCCAUGAGGUGCAGCAAAGUAAGGGAUCUCCCUUCUCAAUGUCUCCAAAGAUUACAGAUGAAGAAUGUGGGGAGCGGUCCCCAUCCCUUCCUGGCACACCAGUUCCCCCAAUGCCUUCUGCUCCUCCAACCCCACAGGCCUCUUCUGCCCCUCAGCAACCACCUACCUCCCUUCCCCAAACACAGCUCCUCCUUGCUGGCAGCCAGCUGGCUGGGCUCACUGCACUCCUCCCUGCACAGCAACAGUUGCUUCUCCAGCAAGCUCAGCUUCUCGCAGCCGCUGUCCAGCAAUCCAACGCCGCCGCCAGCGCCUCCCAGUCAGGGUCUGACUCCCAUUCUACCCCCAACAGCCAACAGCAACCCCACCAACUUGCUUUGUCCCAGCCCAUCCACCUCACUGCACAGGAUAUCCAGCAACUGCUGCAGCUCCAGCAACUGGUCCUCGUUCCCGGGCAUCAUCUCCAGUCCCCAACACAGUUCCUGCUGCCCCAAGCGGGGCAAGGCCAACAAGGCCUCCUUUCUGCAUCAAAUCUCUUCCAGCUACCUCAACAGAGCCAGGGGAAUCUCAUCCCGGGUCAGCCCAGGCCUGGCCUUCCCUCUCAGGCUGUGUCCCGUCCUGGACACCAGGACCCACCAAUAUUGUCACACACGGAAGCAGCGUCCCACCCUGAGGAGCCCAGCGACUUGGAGGAGUUGGAGCAGUUUGCCAGAACCUUCAAGCAGCGUCGGAUUAAACUCGGAUUCACUCAGGGGGACGUCGGCCUGGCCAUGGGAAAGCUGUAUGGCAAUGAUUUCUCUCAGACAACGAUCUCCCGAUUCGAGGCACUUAACCUGAGCUUCAAGAACAUGUGCAAGCUGAAACCAUUGCUCCAGAAGUGGCUGAGCGAUGCAGAAACAAUGUCCGUAGACAGCACACUGCCGAGCCCCAACCCUCUGAACAGUCCUGGGGGAGGCUAUGAAGGGCUUCCUGGUCGUAGACGGAAGAAACGCACCAGCAUCGAGACCAAUGUGCGCUACGCACUGGAGAAAAGUUUUAUUGCGAACCAGAAACCUACCUCUGAGGAGAUCCUGGUGAUUGCUGAGCAGCUGAACAUGGAGAAGGAGGUGAUCCGCGUGUGGUUCUGUAACCGCCGGCAGAAGGAGAAGCGCAUCAAUCCCUGUAGCAGUAUGCCACUUAUUCCCUGCCAGGGCAAGGGACAACUGUAUGGGAGCCAUAUGGUGUCUCCCCCGGUGUCUGCCCCCACGAUCACUUCCCAGGCUUCCAGUAUUCUCAGCACAACAGUGACUACCUUACCUUCCGCAGUGGGGUCUCUCAUACAUCCUCGUCCACCCUCCAACACAGCGCCCCCAUCUGCCACCCCCCCUCCAAGCAACAGCACAAGUGCAAGUCCCCAGAGCAGCACCCAUUCUGGGCUCAGUCUGACAGGACUCAGCCCCAGCGCAGGGUAAGUAGUGAACUGGGAAGGUGGCAUCGGAGCAGAUGGCCGCUCUGUGCACAGCAUGGCACUUCAUGUAUGUUAGACCCGUCCCAUGUGACAAGCUGGUGGGAAUUUCCGGAUGAUUAUGUAUUAUGGACGGCGUCAGUUUGGCACUAAAUAGUUAUUGGAGAUUGUCUUUCCCAUCUUAUCCAUAUUCUUGGUCUUGCAGGGGCACAGUGCUCGGGGUCAGCCCGGGGUUGAACCCAGCCCUCAUGGCUGGAAACCCACUGGCCACCAUCCAAGGUUUGUAGGACAGGAGGAGUCGCAUGGCCUCUCACAUUCAUAGCAUGCGUCAUCACAUUCGUAUUGAUGGACUGUGACGUUUCCAUCACAUUGCAGCCGUACACCACAUCUGUGAACAUGGCGGCCGCCUCACA